AUGGACUUACGCUUCCCUUAUUCGCCGGCGGAGGUGGCCAAGGUCCGAAUGGUCCAAUUUGGCAUCCUCAGUCCGGAUGAAAUCAGGCAAAUGUCUGUGGUUCACAUAGAGCAUAGUGAGACGAUGGAAAGAGGUAAGCCCAAACCAGGGGGAUUGAGUGACCCUCGUCUGGGGACCAUUGAUCGGAAGAUGAAGUGCGAGACAUGUAUGGCGAACAUGGCAGAGUGCCCUGGCCACUUUGGUCACCUUGAGCUUGCGAAACCCAUGUUUCAUAUUGGCUUCUUGAAGCCCGUGCUCGGCCUCAGGCGAUGUGUUUGCUUCAAUGGCUCGAAAAUAUUAGCUGAUGAGGUACGUUUGAUCAUGUUUCAUAUUGGCUUCUUGAAGACCGUGCUCAGCAUCAUGCGAUGUGUUUGCUUCAAUUGCUCGAAAAUAUUAGCUGAUGAGGAGGAAACAAAGUUUAAACAAGCUAUGAGAAUAAGAAACCCUAAAAAUAGACUCAAAAAGAUAUUAGAUGCCUGCAAAAAUAAAACCAAAUGUGAAGGCGGUGAUGAGAUUAAUGUACAAGGGCAAGAUUUUGAUGAACCAGUUAAGAAGGCAAGGGGUGGCUGUGGUGCUCAGCAGCCAAAAAUUUCUAUUGAUGGCAUGAAGAUGAUUGCCGAGUACAAGCAGUCAAAGAAGAAGAAUGAUGACCAGGACCAACUGCCCGAACUUGUUGAGCGAAAACAACAACUUACUGCCGAAAAGGUUCUUAGUGUCCUGAAGAGAAUAAGCGAUGAAGAUUGUCUACUUUUAGGUUUGAAUCCAAAAUAUGCUCGCCCCGAUUGGAUGAUUCUUCAAGUUCUUCCUGUACCUCCUCCUCCUGUUAGACCUUAUGUGAUGAUGGAUACUUCUUCAAGGAGUGAGGCAAGCAUCUUCUUAUUGAACUCAAUUUUUUCAUCCAGUGUCUUCAAUUUCUGCAGUACAUUUUGGUUUCCCUUUGGUGAUGAUUUAACUCAUCAGCUAGCCAUGAUCGUUAGGCAUAAUGAGAACCUGAAGAGGCAAGAGCGAAAUGGGGCUCCUGCACACAUCAUUUCAGAGUUUGCACAACUAUUGCAGUUUCAUAUAGCUACAUAUUUCGAUAAUGACCUGCCAGGGCAGCCAAGGGCUACUCAAAGAUCAGGUAGACCAAUCAAAUCAAUAGGUAGCAAACUGAAGGCAAAAGAAGGUAGGAUCAGAGGUAACUUGAUGGGCAAACGAGUGGAUUUUUCAGCUCGGACAGUGAUCACACCCGAUCCGACUAUUAACAUUGAUGAACUUGGAGUACCAUGGAGUAUUGCACUAAAUCUCACGUAUCCAGAAAUUGUUACUCCAUAUAACAUUGAAAGGUUGAAAGAGCUUGUGGAAAAUGGGCCUCAUCCUCCUCCAGGUAAAACUGGUGCAAAGUAUAUAAUUAGGGAUGAUGGACAAAGGCUUGAUCUACGGUACUUGAAGAAAAGCAGUGAUCAACAUCUAGAACUUGGAUAUAAGGUGGAGCGGCAUUUGAAUGACGGGGACUUUGUCCUGUUCAAUCGGCAACCGAGUCUCCACAAAAUGUCAAUAAUGGGGCAUCGAAUAAAGAUCAUGCCUUACUCAACCUUCCGCCUAAACUUGUCUGUUACUUCGCCCUACAAUGCUGAUUUUGAUGGGGAUGAAAUGAACAUGCAUGUUCCCCAGUCAUUUGAAACUAGAGCUGAAGUUCUUGAACUGAUGUUGGUUCCUAAAUGCAUUGUGUCACCUCAAUCAAAUCGGCAUGUAAUGGGGAUUGUUCAAGAUACACUUUUAGGGUGCCGCAAAAUUACAAAAAGAGAUACAUUUAUUGAGAAAGAUGUUUUCAUGAACAUUUUGAUGUGGUGGGAGGAUUUUGAUGGCAAAGUACCAGCUCCAGCAAUUUUGAAACCUAGGCCACUUUGGACUGGAAAACAGAAUGCUUUUAGCAUUGGAAUUGGAGAUACAAUUGCUGAUGCUGCAACGAUGGAGAAAAUUAAUGAAACUAUUUCAAAUGCAAAGAACGAGGUGAAGGAGCUUAUCAGGUCUGCACAGGAAAAGCAGUUGGAGGCUGAACCUGGUCGAACAAUGAUGGAAUCAUUUGAAAACAGAGUGAAUCAGGUGUUGAAUAAGGCCCGUGAUGAUGCUGGAAGCAGUGCACAGAAGAGCUUGUCGGAGAGUAACAAUCUUAAGGCUAUGGUCACUGCAGGAUCUAAGGGAAGCUUUAUAAACAUAUCACAAAUGACUGCUUGUGUGGGGCAGCAGAAUGUUGAAGGUAAACGAAUUCCUUUUGGAUUCAUAGACCGGACAUUGCCCCACUUCACUAAAGAUGAUUAUGGUCCAGAGAGUCGUGGUUUUGUGGAGAACUCGUAUUUAAGAGGGUUGACCCCCCAAGAGUUCUUCUUCCAUGCUAUGGGUGGUAGGGAAGGUCUGAUAGAUACUGCAGUGAAAACUUCUGAGACUGGAUACAUCCAGAGGCGAUUGGUUAAGGCCAUGGAGGAUAUCAUGGUUAAGUAUGAUGGGACUGUGAGGAACUCUUUGGGGGAUGUUAUUCAGUUUCUUUACGGGGAAGAUGGUAUGGAUUCUGUCUGGAUUGAAUCACAGCCACUGGAAUCUUUGAAGUUGAAGAAAUCAGAUUUCAAUAACAUGUAUAGAUAUGAGAUAGAUGAUCCAGAUUGGAAUCCUAGUUACAUGUUACCUGAAGCUGUGGAAGAUCUAAAAACAAUCCGUGAGAUUAGAAGUGUGUUUGAUGCAGAGGUUCAGAAACUUGAAGUGGAUAGAUACCAACUUGCGACCGAGAUUGCGACAACAGGUGACAACUCUUGGCCCCUGCCUGUUAAUAUCAAGAGGCUUGUAUUAAAUGCACAAAAGACCUUUAAAGUUGACUUCAGAAGGCCUUCUGAUAUGCACCCAAUGGAGAUUGUGGAAGCUGUUGAUAAGCUUCGAGAAAGGCUUAAGGUGGUGGUUGGUGAUGAUUAUCUGAGUAUGGAAGCUCAGAAGAAUGCCACACUUUUUUUCAAUAUAUUACUGCGCAGUGCCUUGGCCAGUAAGAGAGUCUUAAAGGAAUAUAGACUUACUCGUGAAGCUUUUGACUGGGUUGUUGGUGAGAUAGAAUCUCGCUUCUUACAGUCACUUGUAGCAUCUGGGGAAAUGAUUGGUUGUGUUGCUGCACAAUCAAUUGGUGAGCCUGCGACUCAAAUGACUCUUAACACUUUCCACUAUGCUGGUGUGAGCGCCAAAAAUGUUACUUUAGGUGUUCCGCGGUUGAGGGAGAUCAUUAAUGUUGCUAAGAAAAUAAAAACACCAUCGCUGUCUGUAUACUUGAAGCCUGAAGUCAGUAAAACAAAGGAGAGGGCCAAAAAUGUCCAGUGUGCUCUAGAAUACACUACUUUACGGAGUGUUACACAAGCUACAGAAGUAUGGUAUGACCCAGAUCCCAUGAGCACCAUUAUUGAGGAAGACGUUGGAUUUGUGAAGUCCUAUUAUGAGAUGCCCGAUGAAGAGAUUGACCCUGACAAGAUCUCUCCCUGGUUGCUUCGAAUAGAAUUAAAUCGAGAAAUGAUGGUGGAUAAGAAGCUCAGCAUGGCAGACAUAGCAGAAAAGAUUAAUCUUGAAUUUGAUGACGAUCUCACGUGCAUAUUUAAUGAUGAUAAUGCUGAGAAACUGAUCCUCCGUAUUCGUAUUAUGAAUGAUGAAGCUCCUAAGGGCGAGCUGCAGGAUGAAUCGGCCGAGGAUGAUGUAUUCCUCAAAAAGAUUGAAAGUAACAUGUUGACAGAAAUGGCCCUUCGAGGCAUUCCAGAUAUUAAUAAGGUGUUCAUAAAAAACAGCAAACUGAAUAAGUUCGACGAAACUGAAGGAUUUAAGGCAGAGAAUGAGUGGAUGUUGGAUACAGAAGGUGUUAAUCUUUUGGCUGUCAUAUGUCAUGAUGAUGUUGAUGCGAGGAGGACCACAAGUAAUCACUUGAUUGAAGUUAUCGAAGUUCUCGGAAUUGAGGCAAUUCGAAAAGCCUUGCUGGAUGAGCUGCGUGUUGUCAUAUCUUUUGAUGGAUCUUAUGUAAAUUACAGGCAUUUGGCGAUAUUGUGUGAUACCAUGACAUAUCGUGGUCACUUGAUGGCCAUCACUCGCCACGGGAUUAAUCGCAAUGAUACUGGGCCCAUGAUGAGAUGCUCAUUUGAAGAAACUGUUGACAUUCUUCUGGAUGCUGCUGUCUUUGCUGAAACAGAUUACCUGAGGGGUGUCACUGAAAAUAUAAUGUUAGGUCAGCUAGCACCGAUUGGCACAGGAGACUGCGCCUUGUUGCUGAAUGAGGAGAUGUUGAAACAAGCCAUUGAGAUCCCUCUCCCAAGCUACAUGGAAGGGGGCAUGGAUUUUGGCAUGACUCCUGCCCGUUCACCACAUUCUGGAACACCAUAUCACGAUGGCAUGAUGUCUCCAAGUUAUCUGCUCAGUCCAAGUCUGCGGUUAUCUCCAGUUACAGAUGCUCAAUUUUCUCCUUAUGCUGGUGGAAUGGCUUUUUCUCCGACAUCGUCUCCAGGCUACAGCCCAUCAUCUCCUGGAUACAGUCCAUCAUCCCCUGGAUAUAGCCCCACUUCUCCUGGAUAUAGCCCCACUUCCCCUGGUUAUAGUCCCACUUCCCCAACCUAUAGUCCUAGUUCUCCUGGAUAUAGCCCAACAAGUCCUGCAUAUUCUCCUACCAGUCCAUCGUAUUCACCAACUUCUCCCAGUUACAGCCCAACGUCUCCUAGUUACAGCCCAACGUCACCAAGUUACAGCCCUACAUCUCCUGCAUACAGUCCGACUUCCCCAGCAUACAGCCCGACCUCUCCCGCGUACAGUCCAACUUCUCCUUCGUACAACCCGACCUCUCCAUCUUACAGUCCAACUUCUCCAUCGUACAGUCCGACUUCUCCAUCAUACAGCCCCACCUCUCCAUCCUAUAGUCCAACUUCUCCGUCAUAUAGCCCUACCUCACCUGCAUAUAGCCCAACUUCUCCUGGAUACAGUCCCACUUCCCCGAGCUACAGUCCUACCUCUCCAAGUUACAGCCCUACGUCACCGAGUUACAAUCCCUCAGCCAGAUACAGCCCUUCCCUGGCAUAUUCACCUACUAGUCCAAAGAUCACACCUUCUAGUCCAUACAGUCCCUCCUCUCCAAGUUACAGCCCAACAUCGCCUUCAUACUCUCCGACAUCUCCGACAUAUUCUCCUUCUAGUCCAACAUAUAGUCCAAGCAGCCCAUAUAACUCCGGAGCAAGUCCAGACUACACUCCUAGUUCUCCACCAUACAGUCCAAGUGGAGGAUACUCACCUAGUGCACCUGGGUAUUCCCCGUCUACAACCAGCCAAUACAUUCCUCGUGUUAGUGAGAGAGACGACAAAAGUGUUCAGAAUGAGAAGGGCCGCUGA